AUGGCGCCUUUACCUGCGGUAAUGAAGGGUGAGAGCGUCGGACCUGACGGAAUCUACCGCUUCACCGUUCUCGUUCGAAGAAGGCGGAGAGAAAUUUUGCCGGGGGCUGGUGAGCUUGAAGAUCCGAUGAUCAAGCCGAAAGAAUAA